GGGCGGAGGCGGGGCAUGGGUUGGAAUCCGAUUGGCCGCUGGGCCCCCCUCCCCCCACUUCCCCGUCCGCGCUCUCGCGAGGUUGUCGCGCUCCUUCCAGCUCUCGCGAGAACAGGGCGAGAGGCUCGGCUGCGCCUGCGCCGGACCUGGGACCGCAGCGUCUGUGGAGUGAUGGGAACGGGGAGAUGCCCCGUCACUGCUCUGCUACCGGCUGCUGCACCCGGGACACCCGCGAGACCCGCAAUCGAGGCAUCUCCUUCCAUCGGCUACCCAAGAAAGACAACCCACGGCGCAGUGUGUGGCUGGAGAACUGUCAGCGCAAGGACCCGAGCGGCCAGGGCCCCUGGAAUCCAGCCUCUGACUACAUCUACUUCUGCUCCAAGCACUUCGAGAAGAGCUGCUUUGAGAUGGUGGGAAUCAGGGCUGUGGGGUUCUCCCCAAGCCAGCUGGACCGGGGGCAACUCGUGCCUGCUGAUGUCUCUCCGCAGUGGCUACCACCGGCUCAAGGAGGGGGCCGUCCCCACCGUCUUCGAGUCCUUCUCCAAGGCACGCCGGGCAGCAAAGGUGAGGCAGAAGGGUGAUGACGCCAAGGCCGCCAGGGCCUGGAGGAGGUGGAGACGCAAUCCAGGCCGAGGGGAGCAGGACGCCCUGGCCAACGCGGAUAUCUCAUGCUUCCCGGAGGAGGAGGAGUCCGAGCUGGCCACGCCCGCAGCCGCCCCCACCACUGAGCACCGCAGCUUGCCUGGGCCCCUCCCCCAGGGGGCGGAGCUAGAAGAUCAGCAUGACGUCAUCCUGGCCAGCCUGUCGGACAUCCUUCUGGAGUACCCGGCCGUGGCCACAGGGCAGGAGGCGGCCACAGGGCAGGAGGCAGCCACAGCCACGCCGGCACUCCCGGAGACAGAUGCCCCCACGCUCCCGGAGACAGAUGCCGCCUCAGAGGCCCCCACGCCACCGGCCCCGGAGCCGCCCCGCCCCGUCUCCCCAUCUUUCUACAUGCUGCGCCUGCCGCCCCCAGCCGGCGCCUACAUCCAGAGCGAGCACAGCUACCAGGUGGGCAGCGCCCUGCUGUGGAAGCGGCGUGCGGAGGCAGCCCUGGAGGCCCUUGACCGGGUCCAGCGGCAGCUGCAGGCCUGCAAGCGGCGAGAACAGCGGCUGCGGCUGCGCAUCUGUGAGCUACAGCGGGAGCGGCGGGCGGCCCCGGACAUGCGGCGCCAGCUCAAGGAGCACCUCCAGGUCUUCGAGCUGCAGCUGCUGCGCGAGCUGGAGUGAGGCCCGGGACUGCAGGCAGGGAGCGUCUGUGUGUAGGGUGGGGGGGGGCUUCACGCCACCCCAGAGGGACUGCAUGGGACUCGGGCCUCUGCCCGGGCCCGAGGCCCUGGGCUCUGGGGCUCGGCCAUGGCUGAGCUCACUCCCUGCCCACAAAAGGUGGCAUGCUGGGGCUGGAGACGCAAACCUGGUGACAGCACUUCUCUGCCCCCCACCCCUGCCCCGACCUUUGCCUCUGUGCCAGGGAGGCGGAUUUAAGGGUAUUGUAAAUAAAGGUCUUGUUUUA